CAUAUUAUCGUAGAACAUUAAAUAGAAUGAAAGGAGUUAAAAAGGAUAGUGACAUUAAAAUUAGAGAUGAAACUGCUAAUAAAAUGUCUAUGUUUUUUGCUUAUUCUUCACCAAUGAUGAAAGUACUUACUGAAGCAGUUAAUGAAUUUACAAAAGGUGUUAAUGAAGAAAUAAAAGAUAAUAUUUCUGGUUUACUUUGUACGUUAGCUAAUGCUUGUAAUGAUAUGGUAUUUUCUAACACUUUUUCUAAAGUAGAAACUAAUUUGUUUUGUCUUCGUGUAAUGACAGGAUCAAUUAUUCUCAAUGAUAUUAUUUCUCCAUUAGGUUCUUUCCAUAAGAAAACACCAAUUAGAAUUAAAGAAUGUAUUAUGCAAUUGAAAAAUUACAACCAAGAAGAUCCUCUCAUUUGUGAGACUACAAAAUCCUUAUUAGAUACGUUAAGAUUCACUUCUAAACAUAUCCAAGAUCCAGAGACUCCUGGCUAUAUUAAGGCUCUGUUAAUUUAAGUCAUUAUGAUUUCU